AAAACAGCGGAUAAAAUAACUUGUACCUUGUCAACUGGAGAGAAUGAAUACGGAUACGGGUCGAGGAUAACGGACACUAAACCAAUGGAAUUAGCCGUCCAUUUAUUUUAGUCUUUGCAGAACACUCCGCAUCUUCAAGAAUAUCCCCUCACUCUCUCCGACCAUCUAAAAACAAUCUCGGCGGACCUCCCACUAAAUACUAACCCAGCAUAACAUCUAAACUACUAGACCCCAAAAAUCCAUCAACCAACCAAGUCAUCAUUUCUCAAUGGACAGCAACGGGAAAAUAGUUCUCAUCACCGGCUGCGCAAAGGGCGGCAUAGGCUGCCGCGUUGUUGCUUCUGACCUUGCUCAUCGCCUCUCGGGCAUCAUCGACGAGCCUGAUGGCCCUGCUGAUGCUGAGGUGAUUGGGAUUGAUGUUGCUGACGAUAAAAGUGUUGAGCUGGCUGUUGCUGAAGUCUUGGGGAGACACGGGAGGAUUGAUGUGUUGGUUAAUAACGCCGGGAUUGGAUGCACCGGUCCGCUGGCGGAGCUUAAUCUUGACGUUGUGAGACGAGCUUGGGAAGUCAACGCGCUUGGUCAACUCAGAAUGGUGCAAGCGGUUGCUCCAAGCAUGAUCUCCCGUCGAUCCGGUUGCAUUGUGAACGUCGGCAGCAUCGUAGGAUCGGUCCCAACGCCGUGGGCUGGAUCCUACUGCGCGUCGAAAGCCAUGGUCCACGCGAUGUCGGACUCGCUAAGGCUCGAACUCAAACCGUUUGGCAUCCACGUAAUCAAGGUCCUACCUGGCGCCGUCAAGUCCAAUUUCGGCAAGGCAGACACCGAGAAGGUGGGACUACUACAGGAGUGGAGAUUGUACGGAGAGUUCAAGGAAGCGAUCGCAGAGAGGGCACGCGCAUCGCAGGGCGCGCGUGCCACGGAUGCAAGUGAGUUGGCGAGACACGUGGCGAGAAAAGUUCUGAGCCGUAAGCCUCCGAGGCAGAUCGUGUUCGGGCAUAUGACGGGUCUUUUCGCGGUGCUCGGUUUAUCGUCCACGUUGAGCGAUUGGUUUUUCGCUAGACGGUUUGGGCUCAACAAGAAACUUCCUUGAUGAUGUACUGCAAUUUUACAGUUCAAG